AUGCUCGAUAUUCUCCACCCCCUUAUCAAGGCCAAAGAUCUCGACAAGCUUCUCAAGGUCUUUGCCCUGCGCCGGCCGCGGGUGGCCCUUUGGUGGCUUGCCAUUUUCCUUCUUGGUGACAUGUCCGUUCUUGACUGGAUCCGACGGUAUGCAACGACCUUGAACGAGAAGUACGGUUUCGGGUCGCAGUCGCCACCAGACCCCAUAGUCUUUCCUUGGACAGGCGCGAUACAGUCGUUCCUAGACUUUGCCAGCAGACCUCAUCUCUCAGAAGCAGAGCAAAUCUCCAAUGAAGACAUUCUACGCAUGCGGUUCAAUCUGAAACUACAGGAUUCUGCGUCGGUGCCUGUAGCAUGGCGCCCGUUUGGAUGCCGCGAUAAGCGCCAGGUCGAAAUCGAGCUCUGGCCGUACCUGGAGACUGGGCUCAUUCGCAGAUACUUGUGUUUUACUUGGUACUCGCCUAAAACGGGUCAUAGGGUGCAUGAGGAAGGCUUUCGACGAGAUACUGGAAGACAGAUAAUAUGGACAACGGAUGACUUGAAAUGGGUUUCAACUGAUUCAACAGAUGACGACUGCCUACACAGCAUAAAGCGUGCGCCCUCAAAAGAUUCUACAUUGAGGAUGAUGUCCAUGCUCGUCGAAGAUGCUAUGGGCGGUCGGCAUUGGUCGAAUAGCGGCUUUCCUGGGGUGCUGAAGGAUUAUGCCUGGCUACAUGACUGGGAGGGCCUAGCUACGAUGGAUGUGCCCGAGAAUCCUGCCAAGGCUGCAAUAGAAGCCAGCAAACCCCCUUCAUGGUUUUUACAGCAGUGGAUGAUCGGGGCGUAUGAUGGAUGA